CCCUUACGUGCCGCGUACGUAAGACGUUUCCCUAGAGGAGUUACAUUUGGCGCAUGCGCGGUCCUGUCCCUUCUCGCUGAACGCCGACAUGGUAUUCAAGCGCUACGUCGAGAUUGGCCGGGUGGCCUACAUUUCCUUCGGCCCACACGCUGGGAAGUUGGUGGCAAUAGUGGACGUCAUUGACCAGAACAGGGCUCUGGUUGAUGGCCCCUGCAGUGGUGUGAGAAGACAGGCUUUGCCCUUCAAAUGCAUGCAACUCACUGACUUCGUUCUCAAAUUUCCACACAGUGCUCGUCAGAAGUAUGUACGAGCUGCUUGGGAGAAGGAAAAUAUUAAUGAGAAAUGGACAGCUACGAGAUGGGCCAAGAAGAUUGAAGCCCGAGAAAGAAAAGCCAAGAUGACAGACUUUGAUCGUUUCAAGGUCAUGAAGGCAAAGAAAAUGAGGAACAGAAUCAUCAAGCAUGAAGUUAAGAAGCUCCAAAAGGGACCUUCUAAGAGAGCAGCUGCCAAGAGAGCAGCUGCCAAGAAGGCAUCUGCCAAGGAGGCCCCUGUCCAGAAGGCCCCUGUCCAGAAGACACCUGUCAAGAAGGCACCUGCCCAGAAAGCACCUGCCCAGAAAGCACCUGCCCAGAAAGCACCUGCCCAGAAGGCCCCCGCCAAGAAGGCCCCUGCCAAGAAGGCCCCUGUCAAAAAGGCCCCUGUCAAGAAGGCCUAAGGAGCUUUCAUGAAUCAAAUAAAAUUCCAGUUUGAUAUGUA